AUUCAACUAUAGGCUGCUCUCAUGUUCCGACUAGUCAUCUUUCAGUCAAAUUCAACGGUCGAGUAAUUAAUAAAUUCAACAUUAAAUAAUAUUUGAUAAGAAGCACUGAUGAGUGGUGACGAGUGUCUCUGCUCUUUCUCUUUCUUUAUAUAUCAAUAUUUUAGUGAAGAGAAGAAAUUCAGCAGAAGAGAAAUGGAAGAAGCCAACGGCUCCGAGAUGGGGAGUUCAAUUUUCACUAAGGAUGGCUCUGUGGAUCUCAAAGGCAGACCUGUUCUCAGAUCAAAGAGAGGUGGAUGGACUGCCUGUUAUUUCAUUGUUGUGUACGAGGUGUUCGAGAGAAUGGCAUAUUAUGGAAUAUCGUCAAAUUUAGUGAUUUACCUGACGAAGAAGCUCCAUCAAGGCACAGUCGCUUCAUCCAACAACGUCACAUACUGGACGGGCACUGCCUUUCUGUCCUCCAUCGUCGGAGCUUACAUUGCUGAUGCCCAUCUUGGUCGAUUUAGGACUUUCAGUAUCUUCUCUGUUGUUUAUUUCUUGGGAAUGUGCUUGUUAACUGCAGCUGUAUCAUUUCGAUCACUGAAGCCACCACCUUGCAACAUACAAGACAUUGCGGAUGCCGGAAACUGUAAGCCGGCGUCGAAGCUUCAGCUCGGCAUCUUCUUCGGUGCACUGUACAUUAUUGCAUUGGGUACAGGAGGCACCAAGCCAAACAUUUCGACCAUCGGCGCAGAUCAAUUCGAUGAGUUUGAUCCCAAAGAGAGAGCAGAUAAAAUCUCCUUCUUCAAUUGGUGGAUGUUCAGCAUCUACCUCGGCACUCUAUUUGCCAAUAUCAUGCUUGUUUAUGUACAGGAUAAUAUAGGCUGGACUUUAGGGUAUGGGAUCCCUACAGUUGGGCUUGGAAUCUCAUUGGUGAUUUUCUACGCUGGGACUUCCUUUUACAGGCACAAGUUGCCUCAAGGAAGUCCUUUUACAAAGAUGGCAAGAGUUUUGGUUGCUGCCAUGAGAAAAUGUAGAGUGAAUCUGCCUAAGGAUUCACUGAAGCUUUAUGAGUUAGAUUCAAAUGAGUAUAUGAAGCAAAAAAGGUUUAAAAUUCAUUCCACAAACUCCAUGAGGUUUCUGAACAAAGCAGCAGUUAUAGUAGGCACAAGCAGAAACCCCUGGAAACUAUGCCCUGUAACUCACGUAGAGGAAACAAAGCAAAUGCUAAGACUGAUCCCAGUCCUCAUUGCCAUGUUCAUUCCAUCAACAAUGACUGCCCAGGUAAACACCCUCUUCAUCAAGCAAGGCACCACACUGAACCGCCACAUUGGCCCUCACUUCCAAAUCCCUCCAGCCAGCCUUGCUUCCUUCACCACCAUCUCCAUGCUCAUCACCAUCUUCCUCUACGAUCGUUUCUUUGUCAGAAUCAUGAGAGCUUGGACUAAGAAUCCAAGAGGAAUCACUCUUCUUCAAAGAAUUGGAGUUGGCCUUGUUUUUGAUGCCACAGUAAUGAUUGUUGCUUCACUAAUAGAGAAAAGGAGACUAAGUGUUGCAAGAGAGAAUCCAAGUAAUGGAGGUCGAGUGCCUCUAACCAUAUUCAUAUUGCUUCCUCAAUUUGUGCUUAUGGGAGUGAGUGAAGCUUUUCUGGUUGUGGGGAAGAUAGAUUUCUUCUAUCAUCAAGCUCCUGAGGGUAUGAAGAGUUUGGGGACUGCAUAUUCGCUGGUUACUUAUGGAGUUGGGAGCUUUUUGAGCAGUUUUUUGCUAUCUUUAGUGGCGAACAUCACACAGAGAAAUGGUAGAAAGGGAUGGAUUCUGAACAAUUUGAAUGCUUCGCAUCUUGAUUACUACUAUGGGUUGCUGUCCAUUUUAAGUUUUUGUAAUUUUUUCUUCUUUUUGAUUGUUUGUAGGUUUUAUGUUUAUAAGACUGAAUUGUAUGAAACAUUGACAGGGGAGGAGAAGGAAGAGUUGCAAGAAAUACAGAACAGGGGUUGAUUAUUUUUUAGUUUUAACUAGAUUGGAGUGCCAUAGAAGUAUGUAUUAUGCUGAUUGAGAAGUAAAAGGUUGAAGGAACAAAAGUUGUAGGAUUUAAAAUGCUUGACAUUAACAUACAUAUUAAAUGAGAUUUCAUCAAUUUUAAGGA